AUGUAUAAAACUCUUCUGUGGUCUGCUUUUACACUGGGGGCCUUUUCUCAAAGUCCAAAUGAGCCCAGCUCCCAAGUAAAAGAUGCACUCAGUCCAGCUAUCAAGUCCAUCUUUCCAAAUGGCUCAAACUUGACUGCAGAAAUAUUAAACACAUUUCUUCGUCCAGCCGAAAUUGUCCUUAGGAGAAACUCUCACAUCUAUAGAGAUGGCAAGACCCUUAAGCUCCAAGGUGAGCGUUGGACUGCGAGCGGUGCAAAUGUCUACUGGCUAGGUUUAGAUGAAAAUGUUGUACCACCUGCAGGGGCACCAUAUUACGCACCUCUGCAAGCAAGUUAUCCCACUAAGGGAAGGAUUACCGAAGCAAUGGCAACGUUGGUGACUAUGGGAGCUCGAGUUAUCAGGAGUCAGACACUUGGGGUCAGCGUGGGCAAUCCUUUGAGCUUGAUGCCAACCCUAGGUGUGUUCAAUGAAGCCGCUUUUGACACGAUAGAUUGGUCAGUCUUUCAAGCAAGGCAGCAUGGGCUUCGGAUAAUUCCGCCUUUGGUCGAUAACUAUGACUAUUAUCAUGGUGGAAAGUUCACCUUUUUACGUUGGAGAGGGUUCAAUAUCACUGGUAGCGACAAACCACUUUCACCAGAUGUUAUGCAGUUUUACACCAAUGCCACCAUAAUUAGCGACUUCAAGGCCUACAUUGAGCACUUGAUGACCCACGUCAAUCCAUACACCGGUCUCACGUACGCGGAGGACCCAACAAUCAUGGCUUUCGAGACAGGCAAUGAACUCAAUGGACCUAUUUGGGCAGACCAGAAUGUACCUAAUGAAUGGACAAAAGAAAUUUGCCAACUCAUUAAGACGCUGGGUCCUCAAAAGCUUUGUGUUGACGGUACUUAUGGUAUUAACAGCACUCACUUCGAGGUAGCAGAGGUUGACAUCUUCUCAAACCACUUCUACCCCCUCAGAACUUCGACUCUCAAAUCUGAUAUCGCAGCGGUCGAGAAAUCAGGUCGUGUAUACAUCGCUGGAGAGCUUGGUUGGCUUGACACAACGGGUGAUUCUCUCGCCGAUUUCAAUGAUGUGAUUCUACAGCGGCAGAGCCUUGUUGGGAAUGAAGUUGCUGCUGGAAGUUUCUUUUGGAGUCUUUUUGGUCGUAAUGUUCCUGACUGUUCGAAAUUCGUCGAACAUUCAGAUAGAUUCACGCUUCAGUACAACAACCCGAAUAACUCAGCGUCCACAAACUCAUUAAUCGCACAAAUUCGUCAACACUAUUUCGCUAUGCAGGGCAUCCGCCCCGAGUUCCGCGAAUGCGUCAAGGUAUGCAAAGAAGAGAACUGCGCAGAAGGAAAAGCUACGACGCCAAUUCCUCUCUUGCACAAAGUCUUGCUAUGGGAUUGCCCUGCCGAAUGCGACUACACCUGCCAGCAUAUCGUAACGGAUAUGCGCGUUGCCGCAGGUGAAGAGAUACUUCAAUUCCACGGAAAAUGGCCUUUCUACCGAUUCCUGGGAAUGCAAGAACCCUUCUCGGUCUUCUUCUCCUUCCUCAAUUUCCUCGCUCACCAGAACGGGCUGUCGAAGAUCACCUCGAGCAUACCGGCGUCCUACCCAUUACGAAAAUACUAUAUUAUAUUCGCAUACUUUGGGAUGGCUAGUUGGAUCUUCAGCAUGAUUUUCCAUACUCGCGAUUUUGCUGCAACAGAGCAAUUGGAUUACUUCGCCGCUGGGGCAAGCGUGCUAUACGGGUUUUAUUAUACACCAAUUCGAAUCUUUCGUAUGGAUCAGGGAGGGAAACGAAGGAAGUCGUUACUUAGGGCGUGGACAGGAUUAUGCUUAUGCAUGUAUGCAGCGCAUGUUAUAUACCUUAAAUGGUACGACUGGGAUUACACGUACAACAUGGCAGUAAAUGUGGUUAUUGGGGUGCUGCAGAAUUCCCUAUGGACAUGGUUUAGUAUUGGAAGAUACAAGAAGUCGGGUCGACUUUGGGCGACAUGGCCGGGUCUUGUCGUUGCUUGGAUCAUGAUGGCUAUGAGCUUCGAACUGCUCGACUUUCCGCCGUUAUGGGGGUGCCUUGAUGCACAUAGCUUGUGGCAUCUGGGGACUGUCGGGCCAGCUAUGAUCUGGUAUAACUUUUUGCUGAAAGACGCACAAGACGACAUGACAGGCACAAGGUUAAAGAAUUGA